AUGAACGCCAUGAAAAUCUUCCGGCGGUUCCCGUCGCAGCACUCGGACUUCAUCCACGACAUGAGCUUCGACUUCUACGGCAAGCGGUUGGCCACGUGCAGCUCGGACCGCAAGAUCAAGAUCUGGGAGGAGCACGGCCAGGAGUGGCGCCUCGAGUACGAGUGGAACGCGCACCAGGCCAGCGUCUGGAAGGUCGAGUGGGCGCACCCGGAGUUCGGCCAGAUCCUGGCCUCGUGCUCCUUCGACCGCACGGUCUCCGUCUGGGAGGACCAGGGCAUGUACCUCAACGGCAGCAGCAGCAGCAGCAGCGCCUCCGCGGACGCGGCCAGCAGCGCGGCGGCCAAUGGGGCGGCAGCAGCCACCGGGCCGGGCACUAAAGAGGGCUGGCGCAACCAGGCGCAGCUCGUGGACGCCCGCGACUCGGUGCACGACGUCAAGUUCGCCCCCAGACACUUGGGCCUGCGUCUCGCCACGGCGUCGGAGGACGGAUUCGUGCGCAUGUACGAGGCCAUCGACGUGAUGAACCUGUCGCACUGGCCGCUGCAGGAGGAGUUCCUGGCCGACAAGGACGGCGCCACGUGUGUGUCGUGGAACAAGUCGCGCUUCGACGUGCCAAUGAUCGUCGUGGGCGGCAACAGCGACGUGGCCAAGGUCUGGGGCUACAACAACUCGUACCGCCGGUGGCAGGUCGUGGCGGAGCUCGUGGGCCACACGGACGCGAUCCACGACGUGUGUUGGGCGCCCAACAUGGGGCGCUCGUCGCAUCUGCUGGCCACGGCGAGUAAGGACCGCACGGUGCGCAUUUGGAGACUCACGAUCCAGGAAGACGAUCACUUGCAGGCUGAUGUGGAGGAGGUGGCGCGCAAGCACCACCACGACUCGGAGGUCUGGCGCGUCGAGUGGAACGUCACUGGCACGAUGCUGGCGUCCUCGGGUGACGAUGGUACAGUGCGCAUGUGGAAGAGCGACUUUGAAGGCAACUGGGCCUGUGUGAAUACUAUCUGCGGAGACCUCGGCCCUGCCGCGGCGCCACCCCCGAUGGACUUGCGAACAAGUUAA